AUGCGAGGGCUACCGGCUAGAGGACGGAACCGGCCAAAGAAGUUAGUCCGCCAUCGCCAGCAACAUCCAGUGCGCUUGGCAACACUUAACGUUGGGACGCUUACUGGAAGAAGUCGUGAACUAGCAGACAGUCUCAGAAAACGCCGUGUUGACAUAUGUUGUGUACAGGAGACUCGCUGGAAAGGCUCCAAGUCAAGGGAAUUAGGCGAUGGCUACAAGCUCAUCUACCACGGCACAUCAAAUUGCAAUGGCGUUGGUUUCAUAUUGAACGAGUCGUUUAGAAAUAGCGUCACAGCGGUGGAUCGACUAUCGGAUCGCUUGAUGGCUGUAAAAGUAGAUACAGGAGAAGUGGAAUUGCGAGCCGUCUCUGCUUAUGCGCCACAAGCGGGCUGUAGUGAAGAAGAGAAGACGUGCUUUUGGGAAGAUCUAGAGCAGUACGUCCAAUCCCGGGAAGGCGAAGAAGUGCCUCUGAUCGGAGGAGAACUUAACGGACAUGUCGGUUCUCGGGAAGACGGGUUCGAGAGUUUUCAUGAUGGAUACAGUUUUGGAGCUCGCAACGACGACGGGUUGCGAAUCCUGGAGUAUUCUGUUGCAAGUGACUUGAUCAUUGCUAACAUGCAGUAUCGGAAGGCUGUGUACGACAUGCUUGAUACCAGAGAAGGCGAGCGGGCAGUGUAUCGUUUAGUCAGAGCGCGACAUCGCUCAACGUUGGAUAUGGAACACACCAAGAUCGUUAAGGGAGCUGAUGGAGCCGUUCUGCGCCGCUCUGGUCAGAUCCUGGAGAGGUGGCGAGAGUACUACAAUCACUUGUGUAACGAAGAGUUCUGUCAUCCUCCCAUCCCAACCGUUCCCAGCGUCGAGGGUCCUGUUCUACCAAUUACUGCCGUCGAAGUCAGUGCUGCCCUCGCAAAAAUGAAGUCGAACAAGGCAACCGGUCCUGAUGACAUACCUGCUGAUGUUUGGAAGCUGCUAGGAGAUCGAGGGUCCGUGUGGCUCGCAACUCUAUUUAACAAGAUCGUUGCAGAAGGACGGACUCCAGACGUUUGGCAAACUUCCGUGACCGUGCCUGUCUGGAAAGGGAAAGGAGACAUUGCUGACUGCACUUCGUACAGGCCUAUACGACUGCUGUGCCAUACGAUGAAGGUUUUUGAGAGUGUCCUGGAGGCUCGUCUGAGGAAAAUUGUCAGCGUUUCACUCAACCAGUGCGGUUUUGUGAAGGACUGCAGCACUAUAGAUGCUAUCCAUGCUGUCCGUAUCCUUCUGGAGAAACAUCAAGAGAAGAACCGCAGUGUGCAUCUUGCUUUUCUCGAUCUCGAGAAAGCUUUCGACCGUGUCCCACAUGAGCUGUUAUGGAUGUCCAUGAGGGUACCAGAAGAAUAUGUGCGGUGGACAAAGCUGCUUUAUGCGAAGCCUACCCGCGUUGUCCGAUGUGCUAGUGGAACAAGCAGGCCAUUCCCUGUACAAGUAGGGGUUCACCAGGGUUCAUCCCUCUCAUCCCUGCUGUUCAUACUGUGCAUGGACACGAUAACGAAGGAAAUCCAGAAGCAGCACCCGUGGACUUUACUCUUUGCCGAUGAUGUCAUGCUCGCGUCGGAGUCUCGAGGUGAUCUUCAGAAACAAGUAUAG